ACAGGGGCUUUGAUCUCACUUUCCGGACAGCGGAUGAUGCUGGCCUCUCCCUGAUAAAAUACGGAGAAUUUCUCUAUGACAACUUGAUCAUCUUCUCACCAUCCAUAGAAGAUUUUGGUGGAAACAUCAAUGUGGAGACGAUCACUGCUUUCAUUGAUGGUGGCGGCAGCGUCCUCGUCGCUGCCAGCUCGGACAUCGGAGACCCACUGCGAGAGCUGGGCAGCGAGUGUGGGAUCGAGUUUGAUGAGGAAAGGACGGCUGUCAUUGACCAUCACAACUACGAUAUAUCCGACCCCGGCCAGCACACCCUGAUAGUGGCGGACACUGAAAAUCUCCUGAAGGCCCCCACCAUCGUGGGGAAGGCGGCGCUGAACCCCAUACUUUUCCGAGGAGUUGGGAUGGUGGCCGAUCCUGACAACCCGCUGGUGCUGGACAUCCUGACCGGCUCCUCCACCUCCUACUCCUUCUUCCCAGAUAAGCCCAUUACCCAGUACCCUCACGCGGUUGGGAAGAACACCCUCCUGAUCGCCGGACUCCAAGCCCGGAACAACGCCCGCGUUGUUUUCAGUGGUUCCUUGGAUUUCUUUAGCGAUGCCUUCUUCAAUUCCGCGGUGCAGAAAGCCACUCCUGGCUCCAAGAGAUACUCGCAGACGGGUAAUUACGAGCUGGCCGUCGCCUUGUCGCGCUGGGUGUUCAAGGAGGAGGGAGUGCUGCGCGUGGGAGCUGUUUCCCACCACCGCGUGGGCGAGCUCACGCCACCCAACGCCUACACCGUCACCGACCUGGUGGAGUACAGCAUCGUAAUCGAAAAGCUUUCCGACGGCAAGUGGGUCCCCUUUGACGGAGACGACAUUCAGCUGGAGUUUGUCCGCAUCGAUCCCUUCGUGCGGACCUUCCUGAAGAGGAACGGUGGCAAAUACAGCGUGCGCUUCAAGCUGCCGGACGUGUACGGCGUGUUCCAGUUCAAAGUGGAUUAUAACCGCCUGGGUUACACCCACCUCUACUCCUCCACCCAGGGGUCCGUGCGUCCUCUCCAGCACACGCAGUACGAACGGUUUAUCCCCUCGGCGUACCCCUACUACGCCGGCGCCUUCUCCAUGAUGGUCGGCCUCUUCAUGUUCAGCAUCGUCUUCCUGCACAUGAAGGAGAAGGAGAAAUCCGACUGA